UCGACAUGGCACCACCUAUAGAGGCGGCUCCGGCGAGUUCAAGGUGGAAUCCGACAAAGGAACAGAUAAGUAUGCUCGAGAGUUUAUACACACAAGGUAUUAGAACACCCAGUGCUGAACAGAUACAACAGAUUACCAGUAGACUCAGAGCGUACGGUCAUAUCGAAGGAAAAAACGUGUUCUACUGGUUUCAAAACCACAAGGCAAGACAGAGACAGAAGCAGAAGCAAGAAAACAUCGCACUUGUCAAUCGCUUUCUUCAUAAUAAACAACCUCCUUCUCCAUCUCUUCUCAUUCCUGCUCAUCCUUCUCCUCCUUGCACCAACGUUGUUUGCAGUCCAUAUUACUACAUGCAACAUAGUGGAGGAAUAGGGUUUUAUCCUCCACCAUCACCACCACCGCCACCACAGUAUCCAAAAGUGUUAUUGCCUAGUAGCACCAAGAGGAGACAGUCAAUGGAUAAGGUAGACGAAGGAGGCGAUGGAAACGAGGGAAUCGUGACGAACAGAAACAACAGUAGCUGUGGCAACGAAACAUUGGCUCUUUUCCCACUGCACCCAACUGGAAUCUUGGAGAUGGGUAGGUCUUCUUCGAAUUCAUUCAGAAUUACUUCAGUGACUGAAGAAUCAAAUACUUUGAGUUGUGAAGAGGGUUGUGGAGAACAACCAUUCUUCGAUUUCUUUGGAGAGAAAGCAUCUUGUGAAGACGAAUAAAUGUCUUAUGUUUUGG